AUGAGGCAGGGGGACGCCCUCGAUAGGAAGAAGAAUGCAUCCCCUGGCCUCGCCGGUGGCAAAGCAUCAUCAUUGAUGGUGGGGUUGGACGCCAUGAAGUCCAGAAUUAUGCCGCAGGAUGGUCUGAAGGAGAAGGACAAGAUCGCGAAGCUCCCCGGACAGCCCGACGGCGUUGACUUCCUCCAGUACGGCGGGUACAUCACCGUGGACGAGAAGGCCGGGAGGGCACUCUACUACUACUUCGCCGAGGCCCCCGACGCUGCUUCCAGGCCUCUCCUUUUGUGGCUCAACGGCGGUAAUCUCUCUCCUUCUCUCCCUCUCUCUCUCUCUCUUGAUGAUCAGAGAUUAUUAUUCUCAUACUCAGGGCCGGGCUGUUCCUCGAUCGGCUAUGGAGCCAUGGAGGAGCUCGGGCCCUUCCGCGUGAUGAGCGAUGGGAAGACGCUCUUUAGGAACCCUUACGCGUGGAACAAUGGUACGUUGAUAAGGGUCACCCUUCCUCUCGUCCUCGGGAAGAACCCCUAAUACGAGAGCUGCGCAGUGGCGAAUGUGCUGUUCUUGGAGAGCCCCGCCGGUGUCGGCUUCUCCUACUCCAACACCACCGCGGACUACCAGAUGAGCGGCGACUCUCGCAGUGCGGAGGACGCCUACGUCUUCCUAGUCAACUGGCUGGGGAGGUUCGCCGAGUACAAGACCCGGGAUUUCUACAUCGCCGGCGAGAGCUACGCCGGUCACUACGUCCCCCAGCUCGCCCACAACAUCUAUCACUUCAACCAGCUUCCCGGUGUCACUGUCAUCAACCUCAAGGGCAUCGCCAUUGGAAACGCAGUGAUUAACGAUCUUACGGACGAGAAGGGGAUGUACGAUUUCUUCUGGACGCACGCCUUCACCUCCGACCAGAACCACGAGACCAUCAAGAGGAACUGCGACUUCACCUUCUCCGGCGGCACCGACGGCGACGCGUGCCAGGCCGCCCUCGCCGAGGCCUCCGCCGUCUUCUACGACGUCGAUAUCUACAACAUCUACGGCCCUCUCUGCUUCGACGGCAACCUCACUCGUGUCCCCAAGACGACCUCGGUUCCCUCUCUCUCUCUCGAUCGAUCAAUCGAUCGAAAUUCUCUUUCAGAUCCGUGGGACGGCUCUGUUGACCUGUUGUUAGUGAUGGGCCAUGCAGAUCUAUGACUUCGACCCGUGCAGUGACUACUAUGUCCAGUCUUAUCUCAACGAUCCAGCGGUGCAAGAAGCCCUCCACGCCAACGUCACCAGGCUCGACUAUCCCUGGAGCGCCUGCAGGUAGGAUCAGGACUGCCCAUCUAUCGAUAAUUCUAUAUUAAUUAGAUUUAGUUUAACACCACCUUGAUUAGAUAAGAGAUUUAUCGAGGAUGGAAAAUGAAUCCAUCAAGAGAGAAAGUCUCCAUCUUCUCUCCAGCUCUGAGAAACAAAACCUCAGUCUUUUCAUCUGGAUCCUCCAGCAGCGACUUGCCCGCAUGGCUGGACAGCACCUCCACGGUUCUCCCGCUGCUGCAGGAGUUCAUGGCGAAUGGGUGGCGAGUCUGGGUCUAUAGGUGAGAAUUCCAGGAGCCCUCUUCCUCUCCACAUUUUUCACGGUUUACCCAAUGCCUCCAAACCUGAGGCGAGCUCUGCGCUUGGUCUCGCGCAGUGGGGAUACCGACGGUAGGGUUCCGGUCACCAGCUCCCGCUACUCCGUCGACGCACUCGAGCUUCCGGUGAAGGCACCAUGGCGGCCGUGGUCCGCCGUCGACGAGGUAGGCGCAGGAGAGAGGAACUCCAGGUAAUUCUCCUGAGGCGGCCAAAGCCCUAAUUUUCUUCCGCUAUUUGCUGCAGGUCGGAGGGUACUCCAUCACCUACAAGGGCGAUCUGACCCUGGCCACGGUGAGGGGCGCCGGGCACGAGGUCCCGAGCUUCCAGGCACAGCGGUCGCUGGUGCUCAUCCAGGCAUUCCUGGAAGGAAAGCCUCUCCCCGACUACAUCGUGGAAUGA